UUCUAGCCUAUAAAAAUAUUAAUAAUCAUAAAUAUUUAUAUUGAAUAUACAAUUAAACACAAUAAUAAUGAGCAAUAUAUUAGAGGAAUGCAAAUUCGAAUGUAGAGUUAGUACGGUAAUGAAUAAAGAUUCAAGAAAUUAUGGAAAACAUCGUAUGUUCGAUGAAUAUUCUGACACGUGUUGGUAUUCUGAUGCUGGCUUGCCACAAUGGAUAAAGAUUACUUUUGAAAAAACAAAUACUAUAUCUGGAUUUGAGAUUCAAUUUCAAGGCGGCUUCGCUGGGAAAGUUUGUCUCAUUAACAUUGAUGAUGAUAAUGAAAGCACCAUUUUUCAGGAAUAUUUUUAUCCAAAUGACAUUAAUGCAAGGCAACAUUUUGUAUUAAAAAAUCCGACUACAGGAAAAACAUUUAAAAUAAUAUUUAAUGAAAGUACAGAUCUAUUUGGUAGAAUUGUCGUAUAUAAAUUAUGUAUAUUUUCAUGAUAUAUUUACUAUUUUUCUUUAUAAAUUAAAAUGUUUGCAAGUAUAAUAAAUUUUAUUUUUUUUUA